AUGACAUCACCUUCAGCAAAUGUUGCUUGUGUAUGGGGUGUGAAUGGAAUAUCAGGCACAGCAAUGAUUGAUUAUUAUAGUGUUCAUAAAGGUGGUGAAUAUCUUGCAUUUUGUCCUUUCACUGAAAAUUCUUCUCGUCAUAAAAGUUCGAAUUUUUAUUAUAUACAAGAAGAUCUUCUUGAAGAAUAUGCUGGAAAAAAUAAUUGGAAAUAUAUUAUCACACGACCUAAUGUUAUUAUUGGUGUAUCAAAAGGAAAUUUUAUGAAUUUUGCUAUUACUCUAGCACUUUAUGCUUGUAUUCAAAAAGAAAAAGGUCAACUAUUAGUUUUUCCUGGUAAUGAAAUUGCUUGGAAUUCAAUAAUUGAUCAUUCAGAUGCAUUAAAUAAUGCACAUUUCCAAUGA